AGCCCCGGGGAGCCGAGCGGUUGUGUGCGGCCGUCCGCAGCGCCCCGCGCCAUGCUGCCGCUCCUGCGCCGCCUCGCGCUGCCCGCCGCCUGCGACGGGAGCCGGGAUGGCGACUCGCGGUACGCCAACCUCUUCAAGAAGCUGGACCUCAACGAGGAUGGGAGGGUGGAUAUCGCCGAGCUCCAGACGGGCCUCCAGGCCAUGGGCAUCCCGCUAGGCAAGGAGGCGGAGGAGAAAAUCUUUAAAGCUGGGGAUACCAACCAGGAUGGACAGCUUGAUUUUGAAGAAUUUAUGCAGUAUCUUAAAGAUCAUGAGAAGAAAAUGAAACUGGCAUUUAAGAGCCUGGACAAAAACAAUGAUGGAAAAAUUGAACCAUCAGAAGUCGUCCAGUCCCUCAAGAUACUGGGUAUAAACAUUUCAGAAAAACAGGCAGAGAAGAUCCUUCAAAGUAUUGAUGCUGAUGGAACAAUGUCAGUAGAUUGGAAUGAGUGGAGAGAUCAUUUUAUGUUUAACCCCGCUACAGACAUAGAGGAAAUAGUCCGGUAUUGGAAACAUUCCACUGUGCUGGAUAUUGGAGAUAGUUUGACUGUUCCAGAUGAGUUCACAGAGGAAGAAAAAAAGAGCGGACAAUGGUGGAAGCAGCUCCUAGCAGGAGGAGUGGCUGGUGCUGUCUCACGAACAGGUACAGCACCUCUAGAUCGUCUAAAAGUAAUGAUGCAGGUUCAUGGUUCAAAGUCAAACAAAAUGAAUAUUGCCAGUGGUUUUAAGCAAAUGCUGAAAGAAGGUGGUGUUCGAUCACUGUGGAGAGGAAAUGGUGUCAAUGUUGUCAAAAUAGCUCCUGAGACAGCUAUUAAGUUCUGGGCUUAUGAACAGUAUAAGAAGAUACUCACUAAGGAUGAUGGAAAUUUAGGCACCAUUGAAAGAUUUGUAUCAGGUUCUUUAGCCGGAGCAACAGCACAAACAUCUAUUUAUCCCAUGGAGGUUUUAAAGACCAGGCUGGCUGUGGGUAAAACUGGGCAAUAUUCUGGGAUGUUUGACUGUGCUAAGAAGAUUUUGAAAAGAGAAGGUGUAAAGGCCUUCUACAAAGGCUAUAUUCCUAACAUUCUGGGUAUCAUUCCUUAUGCUGGGAUUGACCUUGCUGUUUAUGAGCUUUUGAAGACUACAUGGCUAGAACACUAUGCAUCAAGCUCAGCUAACCCUGGGGUUUUUGUGUUGUUGGGAUGUGGUACUGUUUCCAGCACAUGUGGGCAGUUAGCCAGUUACCCUCUUGCUCUUGUCAGAACACGCAUGCAAGCUCAAGCUUCGGUGGAAGGAGCUCCACAGCAUAACAUGGUCGGUCUCUUUCAAAGAAUUAUUGCUACAGAAGGAAUCCAAGGACUUUAUAGGGGCAUAGCCCCUAAUUUCAUGAAAGUUCUUCCAGCUGUCAGUAUCAGUUAUGUUGUAUAUGAAAAAAUGAAGCAGAAUUUAGGAAUAGCAUGAGAUGAAGGAGAAAGGUGAGAUCUUUCUAAUUUGGUUGGAAUGAAUGGAACAAAAGUGAUUUCCUCAGUAAUCUGUUCAUAAAAUUAAACUCUGGAGAGAUGCUGCAACUCCUGUUUUUAUCCUCCAGUGGGAGGAAACUUUCUUAAUUUCUAGUUCACCAUUUGUAAACAGAUACCUAUAUUGCACUUUAAUGUCACAGAACUGAGAGGAUAAAAAUCUAUCUUUGAAUCAAUUAUAUGCCUACAUACUCGUAUAAUCAUGCUUAUUUCAUUCUUUUGUCUUCUCUAACUGAAUUUGCCUCAGAUGAGACCAAAGGUAGAAUAAGUUCAUACUGCCUUGAUACUGAAUAGAUGAAAGUGACUUUGUUUUGUCACGCUGCCUGUCCUCAAGCCAUUCACAGAUAACAUUUUGCACUUGAAGUAAGCACUUCAUAUUAUUUUUUUUGAAGGCAAUCAAGUUCUGAAAAUAGUUACUUUAGAUACAGGAAGGGAUAGAGUAACAUGUGAAAUGUAGCCCACCACCUUUAUUUUCAAGCUAACCUGUUUAUUCUUUGAAGAGUAUGAGCCUGAAAAACUACUGUUCCAUGGUAUCUAGAAUACCUCAAUUGAUUCAUAUUAUGUUUUUUGUAAUGCAGUCAAGGAUUUUGGUAUCUUGCUGCUUUAGACCUGCUUUUGCACUUGUAAAUGCUAGCAUGACAAGCUUUUGAUUACAGUUGUGUGUUAAAGAAUCACAAUAUACAGAAACAGGAAAAGCCUACUGGGUUACUGGAUCCACCCUGUUAAGUGUAACUAACAGUUUAAAAAUGAGGUGAAGGAUCUGGUGUUAAGCUAAUAAUGAAUUAGCUAUUGGCUGUGUUAAUAGAAAUAAACUGAUUUUGACAAGAACUCAAGCUCAUCAUAGCUGUCUUGAAGAGCAAAAGGCUUCUUGUUCUGGACUCAUAAUUUCUGUCCUUACUCCCAAAGGGUUACAGUGCUGUACGUGCUUUUAGCAAAUAAGGGAUUGUGUUAUGUAAAGUUUUAAAAGCUUGCAAUGAAGGACAAAUCCGCUUUCCCUCACAGUCUGCUGUGUGCUGGAUAUGAAAUUGGGGUCAUGAAAUACUGAAACAUCUUGUCUGUGUGACUGAAUGGAACUGUGGAUCUCAGAUGUCUAUCAGGUUCAUGUUAACAAAGCAAGUGAAGCACACACAGGGAACUUGUAAGUACUUCAGAAACAGUUCCUCAUUAAAAAAAAAAAACCAAAGCAGCACUUCCUCCCUGUGGAAAAUAGGCAUUUCCAUGUGUAAGCCACUUCUUCUUUUUUCCUGGAGGGGUGUGCAGCUGGGGCUGGUGGUAAGGUUUUUAUUUAUUCAGUGGCCUUCAGUCCCAGAUACUGAGAUGAGAACAACAAUUAGUGCUGAAUUCUGUUGUUAUGCGUUCUCUGCAGUCUAUAUCAUGUCUUAACUCUGAAGUUAGAGUAAUCACAAAUUUACAGAGAUAAUCUUUAUUCUCAUCUUGACCUUGAAAAAAUGCUUUGCAUUGACCACUUGCUAAAAUUGGGUUACUGCAGAAAGAACUCUGUUCCUAUGCAAAGCUCCUGUAUGUCCUUUGAGGAUCUGUGUGUGUUCAGAAAGCCAAACACACAGACAGCUGCCUCAUACAUGUGUGUGUGCAGGUACAAUCUAACACAUCAAGUGCCACUUGGCCUAGUCUUCUGUACAUGAAAUAUGUCCUUCAUUCAGCAGAUCAGAUAGAUAUAUCUGUUCAGUGCUUCCAUGGUGGUUAUUUCUUCAUAAACAGAUACUUGACUUGAUAAGAUUUGUAAUAAAAAAUGUUUUAACAAAUUUUAAAAAUUGACAGCUUUGGCUGUAUGUUUUGGCCUUUAAUUGAUGGGAACCUUGGACUUUGCACUUUCUUAAAGACUGAGAAGUUAGUCUAUCUGAAUCAUCCAUGUGUAUGCAGCCUUUCCAAUCAGAAUGUUUCUUGGUUUUGCCAACAUUUUUGUAUCUUGUGGUAAUUUUGAGAUUGGUGAUCUUACCCGGUUGUGUUGCUGGACUGUGACCAAUGAGCCGAAGUACUGUAUGUGUGAUGACUUCAGAAAUGUCCAUCUUCCAGACUAGGUCUUGUUUUAUUGUGUGGAAGUGCCAUUAUCAAUAUUGAAAAUUAUGGUGGUGAUGCUUUCAAAAAGAGAAAAGAUGGAGUUGUCUUGAAAUUACUUUUUCCAUUAUGUGCCUCUGUGAUGACUGUUCAAUUGUAAAUUCUUUGUCACUUAAGAAAUGAAUGUUUACCUUUUUAACUAUAUAAAACUGUCAAUUAAUAAUAAAUGUUAGUUUCUUAAUCUUG